AUGGAACACAUAAAAGUGGAGCAAGCAGAACCUGUUAGUCCUAUGGGACAAUACUUUAACAGCUCUGUGCUAAGCGUAUAUAUUAUUGGAGUUUUAGAAUUUGAAGUUCCAAUUGAUGAUCUGCAAACCUUUGCUCUUGUUAAGGAUGUUUUCCUUCCCAUCAAUCCACGCUUCUCCUCCAUCAUGGUCCAAGAUAAAGAUGGAGAGAAACGAUGGAAGCAAGUUGAUGUAAAUUUGAAAAACCAUGUCCACAUUCCCGUAUUCCCUGAAGGCAAAACAGUGGGAUCCUACGACAAUAUUUUUCAUGACUAUUUAUCAAGCAUAGCAAUGGAGAAAUUACCACAAAGCAGACCAUUAUGGGAAAUUCACAUAGUCAAUUACCCCACAAGUGAUGCAUCUAGCACUAUAAUAUUUAAGCUUCAUCAUGCACUUGGAGAUGGUUAUUCUCUAGUGGGGGCACUUCUUUCUUGUCUACAACGGGCUGAUGAUCCCUCUCUUCCCUUAUCCUUUCCUUCUCUCAAACAAUCCAAACAAGAAUCUUCAAACAAAAGCUUUUGUACAAAAUUUUCUUGGAUGUUGUCCUCAGCCUUCAACACUGUGUCAGAUUUUGGAUGGAGUGUAUUGAAGAGUAGCAUCGUUAGUGAUGACAAAUCACCAAUAAGAUCAGGAGAUGAAGGAGCUGAUUUUCAUCCAAUUUCCAUAUCAAGCAUGACAUUCUCCAUUGACCAAAUCAAAGACAUCAAAUCCAGGCUUGGAGUGACGAUGAAUGAUGUGAUCACUGGAAUUGUGUUCUAUGGGACUCGGUUAUAUAUGCAAGAUAUGGACUCCAAAUCAAAAACCGCGAACUCCACUGCAUUGGUACUACUAAAUACGAGAAACAUUGAAGGUUACCAAUCAAUCAAUGAUAUGCUCAGUACCAAAGCCAAGGGUCCUUGGGGUAAUAAAAUUUCCUUCUUGCAUGUGCCAAUACCUAAAUUAAAUCAAAAGACACUUUCAAACCCUCUAGAAUUCAUUUGGGACUCUCAUAAUAUAAUCAAGAGGAAGAAACAGUCCUUAGCUGUUGCCCUCACUGGGUCACUUUUGGACAUAGAGAGCAAAUUCAGAGGACAAGAGGCAGUGGCUAAACACCUUCGAGGAACAGUAACAAAGUCAAGUGCAGUGAUUUCAAGCUUGGUUGGACCGAUACAACAAAUGUCUUUAGCCAAUCAUCCUGUGAAAGGCUUGUACUUCACAUUGGCUGGUGGACCUGAGAGUCUGGCGAUUUCAAUUAUGAGCUAUGUGGGAGUGCUUAGAGUUACCCUAAAAACGGAAAAAGACUUCAUAGAUGAGAAGAAAUUGAAGUCAUGCAUGCAAAGUGCAUUUAAGAUGAUACUCAAAGCGGCAACAGAAGUUCCUCCCAAAACAAAAACAUUUGUGUGCUCCCCAUCAAAGUAG